AUGGACAUGUACACCUUUUCGAACGAAGCAAACAGCGUGAAGGAAAUCCCUGUCAAUGACUCGGAAUCCUCGCUCGGUAUGGCAGUCCAUGGGCAGCCGGUGGCGCCGGACUGUUAUCAGGCUACUGUCUGCAACAUAACGAAACAAUCACUGAAAAUCGGAACAUGGAAUGUAAGAACACUGUUCCAAAGCGGGAAGCUGGAUAAUGUGAAGCUAGAAAUGACACGAUUGAAGGUAAAUAUCCUAGGAAUAUGUGAUACGAGGUGGACGGGCAGCGGUGAGUUCAACAGCGAUAAUUUCAGGGUGCUAUAUUCAGGUAGAGUAAAACACGAACGAGGAGUUGCUCUGAUACUGGACAGAGAAAGUGCGAAGAGCUUGCUAGGAUGGUGGGCUUUGUCAGAUAGAGUCAUGCUGAUAAAGUUGAAAGGUAAACAAAUAGAUCUCAGCAUCAUUCAGGUAUAUGCACCAACGACUGCAAGUAGUGAAGAAGAGAUCGAUGAAUUCUACGACAUAUUGGAGAAAGCUAAAGUAGGAAACGAGGCAGAUGGAGAAACAGUUGGAAAGUUUGGUCUUGGUACACAAAAUGAAAGGGGAGAAAAAUGGGUUCAGUGGUGUAAAGCAAAUGAGUAUGUAUUAACCAACACGUGGUAUGAGCAACAUCCACGAAGAUUAUGGACAUGGCUGAGCCCAGGAGACGAUUUUAAGAACCAGAUUGACUACAUUGCUAUCAAGAAACGGUAUAGGAAUGCAAUUAAGCACUCAAAGGCAUCCCCAGGAGCAGACUGUGAAUAUGCGAUGGCUGUGCAAAAUCGAUUUAAUGAGCUUGAAGACCAAGGAAAUACUAAGUGGGAAACAUUUAAAGAGGCGCUGGUAUCGGUAGCAAAAGAACUUAUACCUAAACGUGAGAAAAAGCCAAAGAGCAAGUGGAUGACAAAUGAGAUCUUGGACAGAAUGCGCUUCAGGCAAGAGCUUUAA